CACAGCUGCACCUGACAAUUUACAGCAACCAACGCCACUAGGGCUCUGCAGAUAGAGAGAGGGAGAGCAUAAUCGAACAGAGAGGGAGAGAAGUAGACCAAAACAGAGCAGAGCAAAGUAGAGGAGGAACAGACUGAAAUUCAGCAGUGAAAGAGAGACCGGAGAGAGAGAGAGAGAGAGAGAGAUAUUGAGUGAGCUGGAGAGAGUAUCUGCCUGUGUGUGCUGUGCUACACUCUGCAUCAUCACUUGGGAGUGUUGGACUUCGUCUCACAGUGGACGUGUGGAAUUUCCAGCUUUCUUUCCCUUCGUGUUCUCCAGCAAACGUGUGAGCUGCCAGAGACAUCAAUACCCUGAGAGGGGAGUCUACUUCGCCUGCAGCCUCUGCUGGCCUCUGUGGACUCAAUGAGACAUUUUCUGGAUGACCUAACAGAAAGAACAGAUCCUUAACUUACCAAGAAAUACAAGCAUGAAGGCCGGCCAUGUCUAAAUAACAGAUAACACAUGAAUUGAAAGGAGAAGAGGCAUCUCUUAACCUGACUGGUUAGGAAAAACCCUUCUCCGAACAGAUCUUCAGUUUCAUUCUGGCACAGAUCUUGUCAUCUUUGACGCAGAUCUUUAGCUUUAUUGUAUUUACAAACCUGCAUCAGGCAGAGUAGCAGGAGUAGCUCUCUCGUCACUCUUCUGGGCAGUGGUGGUGGUGCCCUAUAGUUGUGACCGGUCCCAAUCCUGGAUGGUCAUGGUCCACAUUGGGUGCUGAACCCAUCACUUGAACCCGCUGGUGUCCAUGAAGAGAUUUGGUAGCCUGAGGAGAAGUAAGAAGCGGAAGGAGCAGGACCUGCUAGCGGCAGGAAGAUGCCAGUCAGAGCCACCAUGUCUGCCUGUGUCCGGCCUCUCGUCUUCCCCCACCCCACCCAGCACCCCCACCCAGGCCCCCAGCCAGCCCAUGCUGUUCCCCCAGGAGGUCCAUCGGAGUGCCCCUGAACGCCUGGACCGCUCCCUCUCAUCACCCUCCACUGCCAAGCCCCCCAUGCCCUCCUCUUCUCCGAUACCCUACUCCUUCCCGAUGCUCCAAGCUACCUCACAGCCAAAUUUCUACGGUUUAUUCGAAGGCAUGCUGGAGAAACUUGAACUAGACGAUGAUGGUGUUGCUGCUGAACCAGACAGCGAUAUUUACAUGCGCUUUAUGAAGUCCCAUAGCUGCUAUGACAUCGUUCCCACCAGCUCCAAGCUGGUUGUGUUUGACACGGGACUGCAAGUAAAGAAGGCAUUCUUUGCCUUAGUGGCCAAUGGGGUGCGUGCUGCCCCACUAUGGGACUCAGAGAGGCAGUGUUUUGUGGGAAUGUUGACAAUCACAGACUUCAUCAUCAUAUUACACAGAUACUACAAGUCACCGUUGGUGCAAAUAUAUGAGUUGGAAGAUCAUAAGCUUGAGACAUGGAGAGAAGUAUAUUUGCAAGAGACAUUCAAACCUUUAGUGAACAUAUCACCUGAAUCAAGCAUAUUUGAUGCAGUGUAUUCCCUCAUCAAAAACAAGAUCCACCGUCUGCCUGUCAUCGACCCUGUUACGGGAAACCCACUUUACAUCCUCACACACAAGAGGAUCCUCAAGUUCCUACAGCUCUUUGUGCGUGAGAUGCCCAAGCCAGCCUUUAUGAAGAAAACUCUAGGGGAGCUGGGCAUCGGUACCUAUAAGAACAUAGCCUUCAUCCACCCUGACACACCCAUCAUCAAGGCCCUGCAGAUCUUCGUAGAGAGGAGGGUGUCUGCCCUGCCCGUGGUGGAUGUAUCUGGGAAAGUGGUGGAUAUUUACUCCAAAUUUGAUGUCAUAAACCUGGCAGCAGAGAAGACGUAUAAUAACCUGGACAUCACAGUGACCCAGGCUCUGAGGCAUCGCUGCCAGUACUUUGAGGGGGUCAUGCAGUGCCACAAGCUGGAUACGUUGGAGACCAUCGUGGACAGGAUUGUCAAAGCAGAGGUCCAUCGGUUGGUGGUGGUGGAUGAUCGCUCAGCCAUCGAGGGCAUCAUCUCCCUGUCUGACAUCCUGCAGGCACUGGUGCUCAGCCCAGCAGGUAUUGUCGCUCAGCAUUCCAAACCACCCUCAUCCUACACCUGGACCCUGAGCUCCCCACCCUGUCCUGCCCCGCCCCGUACUUCUCACACAGAUGCCUGCAGAGAGGAGGGCCUGCUGGAGUGAGAGGGGAAAAGCCGUGGGGACCACUGAGGUUGAAGGCUGUCAUAAAACUUUUAUUAGACUUCUAUGUUUCUGGCCAUGGGGCCCAGAGCCCUUGGUAUUGAUGUGCUAGACUUUGAAACCAAAAGGCUGGGCUGGACUUAACUAGACUGGAUUGGACUGAUACUGGGAUGUAAAGGGCUCCAAUGCCUGAGGACCAGCAUCUCUCUGUCUAAAUGGAACUGGACUUCAUUCACUGUGGGAGGGUUAUAGUAGGGUGGACUGAUGAAACUGCUGUAUUGGGCUCUUCUGUUAGGUUGAGCCAGUCUGGAGACUGUGGUUAGGUAUAUGAGAGCUAUGUAUAUUUUGUUUUUUCUCUCUGAAUCAUGCUGCUGUGUCGUUGUUCCAGCAACAGUGCCUAGUCACUCCCAGUAAGUUUUAAACCUUCAAGGAAGAAGAUUGACAGAUAUGGUCAAAGCAUCUUAGACUUGAUGAUACACACUUUAGGAGAAAUCGCAAGUUUUCAUGCUUUACCUUGUUAUGGUGGGAGGGGCUGUAUUUUCAUUUGAGUAAUAUGCUGUGAAGAGAGACAGAACAGGGAAAAAAGGCUUUAUUUUAAGACAUUUAUUUUGCCUGAUUAAUGUACUUGAGCGAUUAUUCACGUCCAUCUAUAAUCGACAGACACGAAAACCAUGCAAAGGAAAAUGGCAGAUUCUGAACUGCUCACAACUGGGCUCCUGUGCUGUGGCCAGAGUACACAACUCUGACAAAACUCAUCUCUGUUGUUUUACUGUAAAUAAGAACAUUUUGAAGAAAAGUGCCAGAGAAAGAUUUAUUUUUUAUCUAAGUUUAAAACAAAUCAUGUUAAAUUGACUACAGUUUAAUAUUAUUUUUGUAAAUAUAAUGUGGCAAUAAAAUGUUGUAUUCAAAGAAAAUGUGUAUUCAGAACAAGAUGGACUGUACCUGUGCAAGCAUGAUAAAUGACACUAUAACAGUUAUGAAUGUUGUUCUUUACUUUUCUGAAAGCAGAAAAAAAUAAUGUAUGUAAUGUGUGUUGCUGCAUAUCUUCUUUUUAAUGGCAGAUUUUCACCACCACAUGAUACAUUUAAUUAUGUUUUAUUUUGAGUUAGCAAGAAAGCCAAAUUAAAAGUG